GAUUGUGUCCCUGUUGUGUUAACAAAGUGUUCCUCUUGUGGGUAGACCUGCAUCACGGAUAGGUUUCAGGGUGGAUUUGUUUGUGUCAAAUGCUUUUCUACCCGCAUGUCGAGUUUGUUGGCGAUAAGUCAAUACCGUUUAUAUAUAAUAAAUUGAUCGUAUAAAGGACUGUUGGUAUACGUAGCGAACCCAUGACUUUCCUGGUCCAAGGUAUGUUGUUAAGCGUGACACCUGGUGACUGUGUGUGAUCUCUAAGCAAAACACCUUACCUGUAUUGUGUUCUGGAGCGAGGCGCGGCAGAGAACGUCCCUGUCACCGCUGUAUUGAGCACUCCACAACUGUCGACGAUGACGCUGUAAGAGAUGUUGGAUGUCAGCUACAACCGGCUGUUCAUUCCAUGUGGAUUACCCGGGAUUGUACAGUUGUGAUGAUUUGAGGACGGAAGAAAUCUCCCUCAAUAUUGGAUAUUCAGGAGUUCUAUUUCCUCGCGUCAAUAUUCAAGGAAGUUUCGCAAACAUAAAAAAACCGAUUUUGCCAUGUUGUGGAAAAGUAACCUUUUACAGAUUUCAGAAGGAUCGUUCACAAAAUCAAAAUAGCCGAUCUCUAGUCAUUAUCGUCCAGUUCAUAUAUUAAAUAAAAUAAACAAAAAACAAAUCCGUGAACGUUUAAGCUGUGGAGUGUUUUUCGCCGCCAGAUGCUAUUUGCGAGUGAGCGAUGAGCAGUAUAUAAGCCCCAACUUCAACAGUUAACCUGUGUCUACAUCAUCAAACAUCUCACAAAGCACAAACUCGCGAACAAGAAGUGCCUGAUGGAUAAGAUUUUUUUUCAAGUGUGAUCAGUUAUAGUUUCAGCGGCAGAAUGGAUGGUAUAUACUAUCUUUGAAGAUGGUAGCUGUCCUUCCACUGGAUGAACCACGUGACUUGGAAGAGCUCUCUCGCAAGGAGAUAGGAAGUAUACUUGGAUCUUUUAACAGAGUAUGGUUGUUCGAUCACAGAUCAGAGGUGGGCUUGUUAAAAGCCGGCACAUCUGGAACCCGUCUCACCGGAGAUAUGUUUAGGCAGUCCACAGUUUACUAUUCACGUGGCCUCUAUUUCUACCUGUGUGAAUACAUUUGAAAUAUAUCACCUUUUGAAGCAGGAAGUGUAUCCUAUUGUCGCUUGCUAUACGAAAUAUACGCCAAUGGAUGUCACAUGUGAAACAGGGAAAACUUGUACAUGAUAUUGUUGGAUAUAUUUACACUCUCUCCAUGUCAAAAUGAAUAUACGGGUAUUCACAUUAAUAGUAUCCUCUCUAGUCGGAUAUUCAAGACAAGGGAAUGAACUUAAGAUCGGGGUAUUGCUACCCCACAAGGGUAAGUACCCCUGGGUGAUUCAAAAAACGAGACCGGCUUUACAAAUAGCUGUUGAAAACAUCAUGUUAAAUAUGACAGUGCUACCUCAACAUAACAUCAGUCUGGUUAUACGGGAUUCUCAAUGUUCGGAGACUGAAGGCCCGUUAGAAGCUAUAGAACUCUACAUCCACAACGAUGCUCACGUCUUCAUCGGGCCGGCCUGCGACUACGCCGUCGCACCGGUGGCUAGGUUCAGCCCCCGGUGGAAAAUACCUGUCCUGAGUUCAGGGGCACUGGUCAGCGCGUUCUGGGACAAAUCGGAGUACAAACUACUCACAAGGAUGUUAGGAUCAUACGCCAAGGCCGGCGAGUUCUUCUUGGAACUUAUAAAAGUGUUUGGAUGGACGAAAGCGGGAUUGUUAUACAGUGAUUACAAACUUGACCCUAACAAGGGGAAGUCGAAUUGUUUCUUCUCCAUGGAAGCUAUAUACCUGGCGCUCAGUAAGACCUACAGAUAUAAGCCUUGGCACCAUUCAUUUGAUAUGAAAACUGGAGAUGUUAAUUUCAAGACUAUUCUUCAAGAGGCCAGGAACAAUGCGAGAAUCGUGGUCCUCUGUGCUUCCCCCGACUCCGUGAGAGACAUCAUGAUCCACGCCCACGACCUCAACUUUGACAACGGGGAAUAUGUCUUCUUUAACAUCGACCUAUUCUCCAGCAAAAAUGAAAGCGAGGCUUCCUGGUAUCGAGAGGAUGACACACCGGAAAGAAACGAAAAGGCACGAAAGGCAUACGAGGCCUUGAUGACGGUGACUCUCCGGAAACCAACAAGUCCUGCAUACAGAAAGUUCUCGGAGGAGGUUAAAAGAAGAGCCCAAGUCAUGUACCCGGAUUUCACGUACGGGGAGGAAGAGGUUAACAGUUUCGUGGGCGCCUUCCACGAUGCCGUCAUCCUAUAUGCCUUGGCCCUCAACGAGACUAUUCAAGCGGGAGGCAAAAUAUCGGACGGUGCCAAUAUAACCAGGCGAAUGUGGAACCGGACUUUUGAAGGCAUUACUGGUACGGUCAGCAUCGACGCCAACGGCGACCGGAACGCCGACUACUCACUACUGGACAUGAACCCCGAGAGCGGCAAGUUUGAGGUUGUUGCAAACUACUUCGGGAACAGGAAACGCUACGAACCGGUACCUGGGAAGGAGAUCCACUGGGCGGGAGGAAGAACUUCUCCCCCGCCAGACGUGCCUAAAUGUGGAUUUGAUGGCGCAAAAUGUCCGCCAGAAGAACCCUUCCCUGAGUACGGCAUUGUGAUCAUUGUGCUCGGCUCCGUGCUGCUCAUUGUCCUGGUGGCGACAUUCUUCAUAUACAGACAUAUAAAGCUGGAGGCCGAGUUGGCCGAGAUGAACUGGCGCGUGAAGUGGGACGACAUCCUCUUCGGUUCACCUGGUAAAAAUAAGAAACUCGAUCGGAGCGGAAAGGGAAAGAUUUGUGAGCGGAUGUCGUUCUCCAGCUCCUGUUCGAGGGAUACGAUCGCUGUACUGAACAACGUCGGCAACAGGCAGCUGUUUACAAAGACGGGGUAUUACAAGGGAGCUAUCAUAGCCAUCAAGCCCAUCUCACGGUCCAACAUUACAAUCCACAAACCUUUACUGUUAGAGGUAAAGAAGAUAAAAGAUUUACAGAACGACCACGUGGUGCGGUUUAUAGGGGCGUGUCUGGACCCACCCCAUCAGUGUAUACUGACCGAGUACUGCCCCAAGGGUAGCCUACAGGAUGUGCUGGAGAAUGACGAGAUACAACUAGACUGGAUGUUCCGGUAUUCGAUCAUGCAGGACAUAGUCAGGGGAAUGGCGUACUUACACAGUAGUGAAGCGAAGAGUCACGGGAGGUUAAAAAGUACGAACUGUGUUGUGGACAGCAGGUUUGUGGUCAAGAUAACGGACUUCGGUCUCCACUACUUCCGGGAGACGGAUGAUGACUUUGAUGAGAUGGACUUCGCACUGCAACAGAGCAGACUAUGGACGUCUCCUGAGCUGCUGAGGCAACAAAAUGCUCCCAGCGAGGGGACACAGAAGGGGGAUGUGUUCAGCUUCGCUAUAAUCUGCCAGGAGAUUGUGUACAGAAAGGGCGUGUUCUAUCUACAGUACAUCGACCUGUCUCCUCACGAGGUUUACCAGAAGGUCAAGAACGGCGUCAAACCAUUCUUCCGCCCGACUCUGGAGGACUACGACUGUCCGUGUGACGAGCUUGCUGACGUCAUCAGACGCUGCUGGGCAGACGAUCCAAUGGAAAGGCCGGAUUUCCAAGCCCUGAAGAGCAUCAUUCGAAAACUUAACAAGGAUGGAGACAAGGGCAACAUCCUUGACAACCUGCUGUCCCGGAUGGAGCAGUACGCCAACAACUUGGAGGCCCUGGUAGCGGAGAGGACGUCUGACUACCUGGAGGAGAAGCGGAAGGCGGAGGAUCUACUGUACUCCAUGCUGCCGAAGUCAGUUGCUGGUCAGCUGAUUCGCGGCGAGUCGGUGACAGCAGAGGCGUUCGAAUGCGUCACUAUCUACUUCAGCGACAUCGUCGGCUUCACUGCUAUGUCAGCGGAGAGCACUCCUAUGCAGAUAGUUGAUUUCCUGAAUGACCUGUACACGACGUUUGACUCCAUCAUAGAAAACUUCGACGUGUAUAAGGUGGAGACGAUAGGCGACGCCUACAUGGUAGUAUCGGGUAUGCCAGUACCAAACGGAAACCUGCACGCCAGGGAAAUCGCCAGAAUGUCUCUUGCACUGCUAAAUGCUAUAAAACACUUCCGUAUCCGCCACAGACCCGAGGAGCACCUGAAGCUACGGAUAGGCAUACAUACAGGUGGUGUAUGUGCUGGGGUGGUAGGCCUCAAGAUGCCAAGGUACUGUCUGUUUGGAGACACCGUCAACACCACGUCGAGGAUGGAGUCGAACGGUCUACCUUUGAAGAUCCACUUAAGCCAACAAACCAAAGACGUGCUGGACCAUUUCCGAACCUUUGAUGUGGAGCUCCGGGGACAAGUGGAGAUGAAAGGGAAGGGAGCACAGACAACCUACUGGCUGGUUGGGGAGACGCCAACAUCCUCAUCCUCCUGACCUGCAUCCCAUCGUUAGAGCCACUGUUACAUACCAUGUUCUCUAUAGCGCUGCUUUCACACUCAAGGAGACUCCGCUGUGGGCAAUGGUUUGAAACCUCAAGGAUUAUGUUUAAGUUGGUACUGGGUAUUUCAGAAACAGAUGGUAUUACACGGAACUACCAUAUGAUAAAUGGCGAUUGGCUGAACUACCAUAGACAGCAUUGGGUAGUAGUUAAUUAUCAUGGAUGCACUGGGUAGUGCUGAAGUACCUUUACUGACAUUGGAUAGGGGUGAACUACCGUGGCUGGCACUGGGUAGUGCUAAGCUACCUUUAGUGGCAUUGGGUAGUGUGGAACUACCUUUAGUGGCAUUGGGUAGUUGUGAACUACCAUGAAUGGAAUCGGGUAGUUCUGAACUGCCUUUAGUGACAUUGCGAAGUGUUGAAAUACCAUGCAUGAUAUUAGUUUGUGCUUACAAUACCAUGGAAUACAUUGCACAGAGCUGUGGUGGAACGUGAUGUUUUUCUUCUUUGUGAAGCAUCCAUGUUUGAUCUUUCUCUGGAUCCACCACGCGGACCGAUAUGGCUGUGAUUGACGAAGUAGUUUAUACAUAGCCGGUGAUACGUGUGGCCACUACGCUGAAAUCAGCAGUUCUCGAACGAAGACAGAGUGUAUGUUGUGACUUCACCAGGGAUGGAAAUGUGCGCAUGGAACGAAUGGAGUAUGUCCUACUGAAGUGAUCUCAACGAUCAGCAGGAAACCUAGUUGGAUCGUUGGAAACUGUAUUUGGUUAUUUUCAUACAAUUCUGUCGCGUGUUUUCAAGUUGGUUAUUCUGGACCACCUUGACUGAAUAUUACGGGUUUGCCACGGCUUACUGUAAUGAUCAUGGCUUUAGUAUGUAUUUGGUUCAAACAGCCGAAAGACGUGGUACAGGACACCAAGUGUAAGUUUGUUGAGACGAAACAAACAAUAACAUACCGAGUCAUUUCGUAGGAGAAUACACUGGCUCAACAUAAUAUUAAACUCCUCUCAAAGAACAGGAAAUGUGUUGAUCACAUGCGUAUGAAGGACUCAUGAAUGACAACGGGCAGUGUGCUAAAGAUCUGAAGAGAAUGUAUCAAGCUUAUGCUGAACAACGGACAGUGUGCUAAA